AUGACCGUCUUCCCUCCAGUGGAAGCUGACAUUAUCAUAGCCGGAGGUGGUACGACUGGUUGUGUUAUUGCGGGUCGCCUUGCCGCAGCCGACCCAUCUCUGCGCAUCCUCAUUCUAGAGGCUGGCCCGCCUACCCUCGAGGAUUUGGCGCAUGUACAACCAGCUCGUUACCUCAGUCAUCUUCUACCGGGGAGCACGACGGUCAAGUUCAACGUGGGCAAGGAAAGCGCCGAUCUCGGUGGACGUGCACCCAUCGUACCCUGUGGACAGUGCCUCGGAGGAGGGUCCAGUGUCAACUUCACCAUGUACACACGCCCAUCCCCGUCUGACUACGAUGACUGGGAGACAAUGUACGGAAACGAGGGAUGGAGCUCCCGCGAGCUUAUCCCUCUUCUACAGAAGAUGGAGACCUACCAAGUAGCGCCAGACAAGCCAACGCACGGAUACGAUGGUCCGCUGAAGAUCUCCUACGGCGGCGUCUUCACCAGCGCGGGCAAACAAUUUCUCGAGGUCGCCGCGCAGUAUGACAAGAGCAGAGGAACCACGGACGAUCCCAGUGACAUGAUUGGAAUCAAUGCGUAUGGUCGGUGGCAAAAGUAUAUUGACAAAGAGAAGGGACGCCGCUCCGACGUACCGCACAACUACAUCUACAACCGUCAGCUGGACAACCUGGAGAUCUUGACUGGCUAUCAUGUGAAACGAGUAAUAUUCGAAGGUGAACGAGCCGCCGGCGUGGAAUUUCUGCCAAAUGCACGCUUCCGCCCGGAGGAAGAGCAAGCACCGCGGGUCGCCAGAGCUCGCAAGCUGGUCGUUCUAUCUUCAGGCACGUUUGGAUCGCCUGCCAUACUUGAGCGCUCAGGCGUCGGCGAUCGUCGUCGGCUGCAGCCGCUGGGGAUCGACGUUGUCGUCGAUCUUCCUGGCGUCGGAGAGAACUUCCAAGGUGAUGUAGUUCUCGAGAUCGGCACGAUCUGGUAUCUGAUUGGUCUGAUGGGCGCCGGCUCGCCCGUUCGUAUAGACCACAAUGUGAUCUUCGCGCCGUAUCUUGUAGACGAUGACGCAGAGACGCUUGACGGAAUCGUCCGCAACGACAAAGAGGAGAUCGAAAGAUGGUCCGCUCAGUGGCUCAAGGAUGGCUCUGGUCUCAUGGCUCAUAACGGUAUCGACGCCGGCAUUAAAUUGCGGCCUUCUGUAGAAGAUCUUGAGACCAUCGGCCCCGAGUUCACCGAGCAGUGGCAGCGAGUAUUUGCGGACGCCCCAGACAAGCCCGUCAUGUGGGUGGGCACUCUCAGCAUGUUUGUUGGGGAUCCGUCUAGUGUCCCAGCGAGAAAAUAUUCCAGUUUAACCUACUUCCUGGAUUACCCGGAGUCCGUCGGACACGUGCACAUCACCUCUGCUGAGGAUGUGAAUGCACCGCAAGACUUCGACCCCAAGCCUUCCGACAUUGCGCUAAUGCGCUGGGGCUACAAGUUCGGGCGAGAAAUUGCGCGCAGGAUGCCUUCAUAUCGCGGCGAAUACGUCCCCGCUCAUCCUGCGUUUUCGGAGGGUAGCCAGGCGGCGUGCAGUGGCGACGCCAAACCUGCAUCCAUAGCGCAGGCAAACAUCCAAUACACGAAAGAAGAUGAUGGAGCGAUAGAUGAUUAUACGCGGAACGUCGUGGCGACAGCAUGGCAUAAUCUGGGGACAUGCGCCAUGAAACCACGCGAACAGGACGGUGUCGUAGACUCUUCUCUGAACGUGUACGGAGUGUUGGGGCUCAAAGUCGCCGACAUGUCCAUUGCACCGUCCAACGUUUCAUCUAAUACUUACUCCACUGCCGUGGUCAUAGGAGAGAAGGCAGUAACAAUCAUCAUGAAGGAGCUAGGCAUGAAACGCCGAGGCUAG